CGCAGUUUGUUCCGCAUCAUUAAUGCAAAUUUCCUUAAUUAAAUAAUAUUUAUGUGCAAUUAAUAAAAUCUUAGCAACUUUUAAAAAGAAAAAGUGUAAUUAAUAAAGAGUAGAAAUAAAAUGGCAUGCAUGUAAACAAACGUGCGUGUUCAAUAUAUGUGCGUUAGAGGAAAAUGUGAAAGUAAAAAGUAUGUGUGUGCAAAAUCGCAGUGGGAAUAUACAUAUAUUGUGUGAAAUUGUCAUAUGAAAUGCAAGUCCACCUUUUAUAGGUGUAUAAAGUGUAUAUAUCAUGAAAAUGUUUUAAGUGUGCUCUUUUACAUGUUUCAAUAUUGUGCAAUGAGUUCCUCUUUGUAUAUACGAAAAAUGCACUAAGGUGAUUUCAUUGUUGCAGUGUCAACUCAUCAGUUCGCCUGCUGUUUGAAAAAUGCUAACUGCCCGUUCACACAGUAUGAUAUUAUGAUCUGAAUUUAUUGCUCGUAUUUAUUUCUACUUAUAUAAAGAAGCUAAAUUAUCACAUUCCCGUAAAAAAGUGCUUUCAUGCUGCUAUCGAAUAUUUAAUCCCAAAAAUUGUGGAAUGUGGUCAUAUAUUUUGUCUAUAUAUUGUCAAAUGUCAUCCAAAUAAUGUCGAGAAUUGAGUUUAUUCAAGGAUUCCCGAGUAAAAUUAGUAAUGAUUUUCAGUGCAAUAAAUUUGUGUUAAAGUGAAUUUAAAAAGAAAAAAAAGAUUAAAGAAAAUUGUUAACGAAAGCCUAAAAAUAAGUGAUUUUUUACAUUUGUGCCCGCUGUGGCACCAACAACAGCAAGAAACAGCUCAACUUAAUUCAACUGAACUUGCAAUUGUGCAGCAUGUAAAUCAAGCUCAGCAUCAACUUUAGGCCGCUUCUAACGCCUUUUUACGUGUUUUCCUUGUCGCUGUUGUCAAAGCUGCUUUGAUUUUUCUCACCGCCCACGCGUUCAGCAUGUCGCAUCAGACGGCACGCCGCGCACAAGCGCCUACGAGUCUCGAGUGUCCGUUGGCCUCAUUGGGACGCAACAGUAGCGCCGUCAUCGAUUCGCUGACGGGGCAUCAUCAACCGCCAUAUCACCAUCCACUCAGUUCCAGUCCACUCGAUCCACAGGUGUAUCAGAUGUCACGCAAAUCGCCGGAUCUCAGCAUCGAUGCGGACGAUAUCAUCUACACACCAUCAGCAUCGCAACAAGGUGAUACGGUGGAUGGACUGCUCAAUGAAUUGGUUAAUAUUGAAGAGGAUGCGGAAAGCGCUGCGGCAGUCGCAUCAUCUUUGAAUGCGACCGAGCAACGUAAUCACACGCUGCCAGAAAUGUAUCAGCUGCCGCAUAGUGGUUCACAUAGCGGAGGCACAACGGGCGGACGCAUAACCAGACAUCAAGGUGGGCGUUGCAGUGUGCCGACGGUGUCAAGUACGGUCAAUGGUGGUAGCACACGAAAUAUGCAAUACUUUUUGGAAAAGAAAAUGGACGCGCUGUACUUGGGUAAUGCGAUACGCGCACUUCCUUUGGGUUCGGAGGCGAGUCAUUUUCAGAAUGAGCGCUAUUUCCUUGAGGACGGACUGCGUAAUAUAUGCAAUUACAAUAGUGGAGCCGAACGGUUAGCGGACGCGCACUACAUGCGUCAUCACACCUCCAGUCCGAGCGAAACGAGCGGUUCCGAUCGUUACCUGCUAAAUCGUACCGGUUCGCCGACCGAUGCAUUCAGCUCGUCCAAUCAUUUGGAAAAUUUUGGCAGCACCAGCAACAAUACGGCAUCCUCUAACCUUGCGCUGGAUCAACGUUUCCAUCAUACCAAAGUGAAAAGUCUUUCCGAUGGACUCUGCAACAUCGGGCGCUUCUCACCUAGUCUAGAUCAAGGUUAUGCCACGCUCGUUUCGCCCUCGCCAACAGGUCAUCAUCCGAACACAAUCACAACGCAUAGCAUCGUUCACCAUCCACCACCGUCGACCACUACUUUAACCGCAGUGACGCGCACACGACACGACAAUGUCGUGCCGCCCCCUUGGAAUAAGAAAACCUUCCGUUCGGGUCCACUCUUCGAUCGGCUGCCCGACGAUGUCGUUUUGAAGAUUUUCAACUGGUUCGACAGUUGUGAAUUGUGCAUUUUGGCGCGCGUGUGUCGACGUUUCGAUCAACUCGCCUGGCGCCCCGUACUCUGGAAGGUGAUCUCGCUGAAAGGCGAACAUUUGAAUGGCGAUAAGACGCUAAAAAUGAUUUUCCGGCAAUUAUGCGGGCAAACAUGUAACGGCUCGUGCCCGGAAGUAGAACGCGUAAUGCUUUCUGAAGGCUGUCGAAUAUCCGACAAAGGUUUACAGUUAUUAACACGACGCUGUCCGGAAUUGACACAUCUGCAGCUGCAAACAUGCAUGCAAGUAACCAAUCAAGCGCUCAUGGAUGUACUUACGAAAUGUACAAAUUUGCAACAUCUCGAUGUGACGGGUUGCACGCAGGUAGUCAGCAUUAGCACGCACCCAAAUUUGGAACAACCACGCCGUCUGCUGCUACAAUAUUUAGAUCUUACGGAUUGCGUUGUCCUAGACGAUGUCGGACUUAAAAUCGUGGUGAAAAACUGUCCACAACUGGUGUAUCUCUACCUGAGACGUUGUAUCAAAAUCACAGAUGCCGGCUUGAAAUUCGUGCCGAGUUUUUGUAUCGCUCUCAAGGAGCUCAGCAUAUCCGAUUGCGUGAACAUUACAGAUUUCGGCCUAUAUGAACUCGCAAAACUGGGCGCUAUUCUACGGUACCUCUCCGUGGCGAAGUGUGAUCGUGUCUCCGAUGCUGGUCUCAAAGUAAUCGCGCGUCGUUGCUAUAAGCUGCGCUAUCUGAAUGCGCGCGGCUGUGAAGCAGUUAGCGAUGAUUCCAUCACGGUAUUGGCACAUUCCUGCCCGCGACUGCGUGCACUCGACAUAGGAAAGUGCGAUGUAAGCGAUGCGGGUCUGCGUGCACUCGCCGAAAGCUGUCCGAAUUUGAAGAAGCUCAGUUUGCGGAAUUGUGAUAUGAUAACAGACCGCGGUGUACAGUGUAUCGCUUACUACUGCCGUGGCCUACAACAAUUGAAUAUACAGGAUUGUCAGAUAUCGAUCGAGGGCUAUCGGGCGGUGAAGAAGUACUGUAAGCGCUGCGUUAUAGAACACACAAAUCCAGGCUUCUGUUGAAUGAAGUAGUAGUUGGAUAUAUGCUUUCGCGCAGUUAUUUACAUAUUUAGUGAAGUGUAUGAAUCUCACCGUGGUGAAUAGAGGCAAUAUAUUCAAAUAUUUCAUAUUUCAUAAAAUGAAUUUUAAACCAAGUUGCGAUGCGUUAGAAAAGCAGAAGAGAUAGUUCUGUAUUAAAUUAGCUACUUGAAACUGAAAAUACUCUGCAUUUAAUGUUAUUAUCUUAAACUAUAUUUUAACUAAACUUCGACUUUUUACCGGAGUUUGCAAAUAUUCAAAAUAUAACUUUUGCAUUCAAAUUUGAAGACA